UGCCAGGCAUCGUGCAAAGGUGCUUAACGUUUCAUGCUCAGAACAACUCCCUUGAGUGCAAUUACACCGCCCCAUUUCACUGAUGAGGAAGCUGACGCACAACGCUUGCCCAAGACCCGCCUGGCUAACUGCGGAGUGGCGGCUGCCCACGUGGCGAGGGGAAGAGGAACACGGCGGGGGCGGGGCCUGCCCGGAGGGGGCGGGGCCUCGGGCACAGCGGGGCCUGGGGCGGCUGAGACGCCCUGAGGCGCUGGUUUGGCUUCUGUGGGGUCGCACCUGUUGCGUGACUCCACCACAGUCCAGCUACGAUAGUCCGAUCCUGAACACCCAGAGAGUGUUGAAAGAAGCACAGACGAGUUCCGGGUCCUGCUCUCUGGGGAGCACGUGGCCUGCUCGCCUCCUGAGCAGACAGCUGGAAGUCGGGACUCCCCGGGGUCUUCGAGGCUAGUUCAGCGGCCGAGGUCCGCGGAGGUCCGUCUCCCGCCUGCGGGCAAUUUUGAAAGACUGCCUUACUUCUUCCAUCUCGGUGCCAGAGCCAGGGAUCCUUGGAGCGAUUUGGCCAGGGUCUGGGUUCAGCCCUCCUCCCCUCCCUUGCGACCCCAGCUUCCCGGUUGUGCGGACCCUGGCGGGCAGUCUCCCACAUACCCCUCCGGGUUCCGGCAGUAUGGCCUCAGGGCCUCUUCCGCCUGCGGGGCUUCUGCUUCCUGCAUCAGUCACUCCCGCUGAGGGCGGGGCGGAGGAAGGGGUUGGAUGUGGCAGAGCCAGGCCCAGCUGGUGCGGCUCAGACUCCCCCCGCCAUCUCCGCGGCGCGAGCCAUGGCAUCCAACCCAUCUGGCGCCGGCAGUCCCAAGGCCAAAUAUCCCUUUAAGAAGCUGGCCAGCCUGCAGGCCUCCUCUGCAGUACCAGGAGCUGUUCAGCCGCUCCCUGGCUGAGAGCGAGCUCCGUAGUGCCCCGUACGAGUUCCCUGAGGAGAGCCCCAUUGAGCAGCUGGAGGAGCGGAGGCAGCGCCUGGAGAGGCAGAUCAGCCAGGAUGUCAAGCUGGAGCCAGAUAUCCUGCUUCGGGCCAAGCAAGAUUUCCUGAAGACAGACAGUGAAUCAGACUUCCAGCUCUUCAAGGAGCAGAGCGAGGGGCAAGGUGACCGGGGCCUGCGGGACCGAGACGUGGUGCUAGAGCGGGAAUUUCAGCGGGUCACCAUCUCCGGCGAGGAGAAGUGUGGGGUGCCAUUCACAGACCUGCUGGAUGCAGCCAAGAGUGUGGUGCGGGCACUUUUUAUCCGGGAGAAGUACAUGGCCCUGUCACUGCAGAGUUUUUGCCCUACCACCCGGCGGUAUCUGCAGCAGCUGGCUGAGAAGCCUCUGGAGACACGGACCUAUGAGCAGGGCCCUGACACCCCUGUGUCUGCUGAUGCCCCGGUGCACCCCCCUGCGCUGGAGCAGCACCCAUAUGAGCACUGUGAGCCGAGCACCAUGCCUGGGGACCUGGGUUUGGGUCUGCGCAUGGUGCAGGGCGUGGUGCACGUCUACACCCGCAGGGAACCUGAUGAUCAUUGCUCAGAGAUGGAGCUGCCGUACCCUGACCUGCAGGAAUUUGUGGCAGAUGUCAAUGUGCUCAUGGCCCUGAUUAUCAAUGGCCCCAUAAAGUCCUUCUGCUACCGUCGGCUACAGUACCUGAGCUCCAAGUUCCAGAUGCACGUGCUGCUCAACGAGAUGAAGGAGCUGGCCGCCCAGAAGAAGGUUCCACACCGAGACUUCUACAACAUCCGCAAGGUGGACACGCACAUCCACGCCUCGUCCUGCAUGAACCAGAAGCACCUGCUGCGCUUUAUCAAACGGGCGAUGAAGUGGCACCUGGAGGAGAUCGUGCACGUGGAGCAGGGCCGCGAGCAGACGCUGCGGGAGGUCUUUGAGAGCAUGAAUCUCACUGCCUAUGACCUGAGUGUGGACACGCUGGACAUGCACGCGGACAGAAACACCUUCCAUCGCUUUGACAAGUUCAAUGCCAAAUACAACCCCAUUGGGGAGUCUGUCCUCCGAGAGAUCUUCAUCAAAACCGACAACAGGGUCUCUGGAAAGUACUUUGCCCACAUUAUCAAGGAGGUGAUGUCAGACCUGGAGGAGAGCAAAUACCAGAAUGCGGAGCUGCGACUCUCCAUCUACGGGCGCUCAAGGGACGAGUGGGACAAGCUGGCCUGUUGGGCCGUGAAGCACAAAGUACACUCCCCCAACGUGCGCUGGCUCGUGCAAGUGCCCCGCCUCUUUGACGUGUACCGUACCAAGGGCCAGCUGGCCAACUUCCAAGAGAUGCUGGAGAACAUCUUCCUGCCACUGUUUGAGGCCACUGUGCACCCUGCCAGCCACCCCGAGCUGCACCUCUUCUUGGAGCACGUGGAUGGCUUUGACAGUGUGGAUGAUGAGUCUAAGCCCGAGAAUCACGUCUUCAACCUGGAGAGCCCUCUCCCCGAGGCUUGGGUGGAGGAGGACAAUCCACCCUAUGCCUACUACCUGUACUACACCUUUGCCAACAUGGCCAUGCUGAACCACCUGCGCAGGCAGAGGGGCUUCCACACAUUUGUGCUGAGGCCGCACUGUGGGGAAGCCGGGCCCAUCCACCACCUGGUGUCGGCCUUCAUGCUGGCGGAGAACAUCUCUCACGGGCUGCUUCUGCGUAAGGCCCCAGUCCUGCAGUACCUGUAUUACCUGGCCCAGAUUGGCAUCGCCAUGUCCCCACUCAGCAAUAACAGCCUCUUCCUCAGCUAUCACCGGAACCCGCUGCCUGAGUACCUGUCUCGUGGUCUCAUGGUCUCGCUGUCCACUGACGAUCCCCUGCAGUUCCACUUCACCAAGGAGCCACUGAUGGAGGAAUAUAGCAUCGCUACCCAGGUGUGGAAGCUCAGCUCCUGCGACAUGUGUGAGCUGGCACGCAACAGUGUGCUCAUGAGCGGCUUCUCCCACAAGGUGAAGAGCCACUGGCUGGGACCCAACUAUACCAAGGAGGGCCCUGAGGGCAAUGAUAUCCGCCGUACGAACGUGCCGGACAUCCGUGUGGGCUACCGCUAUGAGACCUUGUGCCAGGAGCUGGCACUCAUCACGCAGGCUGUCCAGAGUGAGACGCUGGAGACCAUCCCGGAGGAGGCUGGUGUCACCACAAGCCCGGGGCCUCAGUGAGCUUGGCCCACACAGGGCCCCCUGCAUCUCAGCACCUCGACCACGUUUCAUUCUCAGACCCCUCCCACCCUGUUGUGUCUGCAUGUGUCUGUUCUUCUUUGUUCUGUCCCGCAUGUCUCCAACCUGGAUCUGUCCCUGUGCCACCUCUGUGAAAGUGGUGCCCAGAAUCUGCUUUGCCCUUAUCUGGGCCUGAAGGCCUGGCUUUGCUGGCUGCCCUGCCAAUGGCCCUGUCCCAGGACCCUCUGAAGCCUGGCUGUCCUGUGGGCAUCUAAGUGUCCACAGGGGCUAGGGAUGGUUGAGGGGGGCUGGCCCCUCUAGCCCUUGGGGUCCUGCCUGGGCAGAUCUUGUCGUGUGUGUGUGUCCGGGGAGCAGUCAGGUGGGGCCCGUGCAUACCUGCUGAGGGUCUGUGGAGCUCCAGCAGCUCUGUGGUGAGCACAGUUGGGCUGAACUCGGUCACAGCCCUCGCUGCCUGGACUCGGGCCUCGGAGGUGCUGGACCACCGCCUCCACCAAGUCACUGCCUAGCAGCCUUCUCCGUCCUUCCUCCGGUCUACAUGCUCCUCUGGUGUCAGCUUCCUUUGCCUCUGUGGGAGGGGGCAGCUGCCCUGUGUUGUAUCUGGAGCCAUUGCAGCUGGAGGGUCCUGAAUCUGUCACCAGCCCUGGAGGUGGUAUCCCCACUGUGAUCCCCAGAGUUUUGACCAGACCUGAAUCCACUUGGUCCCCUGUGUUGUGUUCUGGACUGAGGUCUUUGCUGUGAAAUGCAGUGUUUCAUACAAUCCCAUCUUUCCUAGUGCAUGAGAAAUAAAGGUUAUUUAAGUAA